ACCAUCUAUUGGAAAAAGGACAAGGUUCACCUCAACGACCAAGACGAGCGGAUUUCAAUGCGUGGAGGGAAGCUGAUGAUCUCAAACACAAAGAAGAGCGAUGCUGGGAUGUACAUCUGUGUGGGCAGGAACAUGGUGGGAGAGAGGGACAGUGACACCGCGGAGCUCACUGUCUUUGAACGUCCCACCUUCACGAGACGCCCCAUUAACCAGGUGGUUCUGGAAGAGGAGCCGGUGGAGUUCCGAUGCCAGGUCCAGGGAGACCCAGAACCCACCGUCAGGUGGAGGAAGGAUGAUGUGGAUCUUCCCAGAGGAAGGUAUGACAUCAAGGAUGACCACACGCUGCGGAUUAAGAGGACGAGUGGGGGUGACGCGGGCACCUACACGUGUGUGGGGGAGAACCGUGUGGGCAAGGUGGAGGCUGCCGUCACUCUGACCGUGCGAGCACGUCCCGUCGCUCCCCCCCAGUUUGUGGUCCGGCCGAGGGACCAGAUCGUGGGGCAGGGACGCACGGCCAGCUUCCCGUGCGAGACCAAAGGGAACCCCCAGCCCGCCGUCUUCUGGCAGAAAGAGGGCAGUCAGAACCUGAUGUUCCCAAACCAGGCUCGCCAGCCGUCCAGCAGGUUCUCAGUCUCCCCUGGAGGAGACCUCGCCAUCAGCAACGUCCAGAGAUCUGACGCCGGUUACUACAUUUGCCAGGCCCUCACCGUCGCUGGCAGCAUCCUCGCUAAGGCUCAGCUGGAGGUCACUGACGUUUUAACAGACAGACCUCCGCCCAUCAUCCGGCAGGGCCCUGCUAACCAGACCCUGGGCCUGGACGCCACGGGUCUUCUGCGCUGCCAGGCCAUGGGAGACCCCAUCCCCACCAUCAGCUGGCUGAAGGACGGCCUCAGUCUGCUGGGCAAGGACAACAGGAUGUCUCUUCAGGAACUGGGCAGUCUGCAGAUCAGAAACCUGCGGCUCACAGACUCUGGAACCUACACGUGCGUAGCCACGAGCUCGAGUGGUGAGACGUCCUGGAGUGCCGUUCUGGACGUGAGAGAGUCGGGGACGGGGACAGUCAGUGUGAGGACGAAUCUAGAGUCAUUGCCAGGGUCUCCGUCCAAACCACAAGUCACCGACGUCACCAGGAACAGUGUGACGCUGUCCUGGCUGCCUGGCUCCCGGCCUCCCUCACCCAUCUCCUCCUACAUCAUCGAGGCCUUCAGCCAGUCAGUGAGCAACAGCUGGCAGACGGUGGCGGACCAUGUGAAGACCACCCUGUUCACGGUCAGAGGCCUGAGACCCAACACCAUCUACCUAUUCAUGGUGCGGGCCAUCAACACUCAUGGCAUCAGCGACCCCAGCCCCAUGACAGACCCCGUCCGCACACAAGAUAUCACCCCCCCGGCUCAGGGAGUGGACCACCGUCAGGUACAGAGAGAGCUGGGGGACGUCAUAGUGCAUCUGCACGCCCCCGUCGUGCUCACGCCAUCCAGCAUUCAGGUCACCUGGACUGUGGACAGUCAGUCACAGUUUAUCCAGGGUUACCGGGUUCUGUACCGGCAGACCCCGGGCCCCCAGGGUCCCCCGGCCUGGCAAACCCAGGACGUGACGGUGACCAGUGAACGCAACACAGUGCUGACGGGCCUGAAGAGGGCCACGGGCUAUGAGAUCAAAGUGCGGCCCUACUUCAAUGACUUUCAGGGCAUCGACAGUGAGACCAAGACAGCCCGCACCUCGGAGGAGGCUCCGAGCGCCCCCCCGCAGUCCGUCACCGUACAGACUGUGGGCAACCACAACACCACGAGCAUCAGCGUGUCCUGGGACCCUCCUCCCGCCGAGCACCAGAAUGGCCUCAUCCAGGAGUACAAGAUCUGGUGUGUGGGGAACGAGUCUCGGUUCCACAUUAACCGUACGGUGGACGGGUCGAUCCGUUCGGUGGUGCUGGGGGGGCUGUACCCGGGGAUACAUUACCAGGUGCAGGUAGCAGCUAGCACCAGCGCUGGCGUGGGGGUGCCUAGCGAUCCUCAGCCCAUCACCAUCGGGAGCCGGGACAUCUUCAUGACGGGCCCCCAGGGCAACAACAGCAUCACGGAGCAGAUCACGGACGUGGUGAAACAGCCGGCCUUCAUCGCGGGCAUCGGUGGAGCCUGCUGGGUCAUCCUCAUGGGCUUCAGUAUCUGGCUGUACUGGCGGCGGAAAAAGAGGAAGGGACUGAGCAACUACGCAGUUCAAUCCUUCACCUUCACUCCUGCAGCUCUGCUUUUCAUCCCUGACUACCGCGUGGGCGAGGGACUUUGUAAUAGACUGCCUCACAAUCAGUCUCAGGAUUUCAACACCACCAGUUCCCACAACAGCUCUGAACGAAGCCUCUCAGGCGGCAAGAGUGGGAAAAAGAAGAAAAAUAAGACGAGCACUAAAUCCCACAAAACCACCGGCUCCAGCUGGUCCAACAUGCCGCUGCCCCCACCCCCCAUCCAGCCGCUUCCCGGGACCGAGAUUGACAUCUACGGAGUGGACUUCCUGGAAACCGGGUAUGAGAGUGAUGGCUGGUGCCCACCGCCGCCGGUAAAAACCUACCUGCACCAGGGUCUGGAGGACGAACUGGAGGAGGAGGACCGUGUGCCCACACCCCCUGUGCGAGGCGUGGCCUUCCCCGCCAUCUCCUUCGGGCAGCAGUCCACGGCCACGCUGACCCCCUCUCCCCGGGAAGAGCUACAGCCCAUCCUGCAAGCCCACCUAGAGGAGAUCAGCCGGGCGUAUCACUUCGACAUCAACCGCCAGGCCUGGCACGUACAGAGCCACCCAGUGCCACCCCAAGCCCCUGCCCUGCCUCUGGGCUACAUCUCCGGGGCCCUGAUCUCCGACAUCGAGACUGACGUGCCCGAGGAGGAGGAGGAGGAUGAGGAAGACGAGGAGCUGGCUCGCCCUCUGCGGGGGAUGGAACACACUCCGGCCUCCAGCAUGGACAACCUGGAAAGCUCAGUGACAGGUUCAAUGAUUAACGGCUGGGGCUCGGCCUCAGAGGAUGAGCAUGCUCUGUCCAGCCGCCAGUCUAGUGCAGCCAGCAGCUCCUCCACAGAAUCCAUUGUUACUGACGGAGGCUUUGCCCAGGCACUGGCUGUGGCCGCUGACCGAGCUGGUUACACGUUCCAGGGCACCCGCCUGGUCCACACAGGCAAGAGUUACCCCGGGUCUUCGCGGCCCCGCCCCUCCAGCCCCUUCUCCACGGACAGCAGCCUGGGCCCCCCGCAGAGCCACCGGCCCCCCCGAACCUCCAAAAAACACAAGUCCUCAGGGGGCCGGGCGGAGCAGCCCUCAGUGACCCACAGCAGGGAGGCCGGUGCGGACGAUCUGCCUCCUCCUCCGGACCCCCCUCCGUGCCAGGGGGUGAGGCUGCAGCCCAGCCCAGGGCAGAAAGUACCGGGCACGGGCAACAGCAGUGACAGGAGCUGUAGCUCGCUGGAGAGGCAGCCCUUCAUCUGUUUGGAAGACAGCAAGAAGUCGCUGGAAUGGCAGGCACAGGAAAAGAUCGCAUCCCUCGAACGCAACGACGCCUUCCAGAGCAAACUGCAACCCAAACUAUCGCUGGACUCAGAGGAGAUGCUGAUCCCAUACAGCAAACCCAGCUUCCCAUCACCGGGACACCUGAGUGGACACAGCUCGUCGGGAACAGCCUCGUCUAAGGGAUCGACCGGACCCAGGAAAGGGGUGGGCUCGCGGGGCGGUCCUGUCCUCGGUGGACACCAGCGUAACAUCAGCGACCUGACAGACCUAGGAUAUUUGGGUUCCAUUGGCCAAGGGCAGCACUCGGGGGAUGUAUGGUCGUUCACAACAUCACAAGGUCCCCACUGAGACGUCCCUUCAAGGCUGAUAAGCCUGGCAUUAUUGAGUCUGUGAUUGUAUGUAACUGACUGGGUGUCUGCUCUCCACACAGAGUGAAUGAAGAGCCAUUUCCUGGCAUGCCAAGGCACUGGAUGGAUGUAAAGCUGAUAGACUGAGCGACACAAGCGGGGCAUUGAAACCCGCUCCUUAUUUAAUGUAUUAUGGGACAGACUGUAAAUGUAAUGUAAAGUCUAAAGACACGACGACGUACUAGAGACACACUUCCCCAUGUGGUUCUUAAUCUGUUUGCCUCUUUCUCCCACCAUCACCUCAAUCACCACCUCUUCACCUCUGAUUUCCCUCCCUCCCUCCCUCCUUUCCUCAUCCAUC